UUGACAGGAAAUUCGAAAUUAAACGUAAAAUGGAUAUUUUGAUUUUUGCCGUUUUAAUUAUUUUCUCCAAGUUUUGUCAGAGCAAACACUUCGUAGAUCUAGUCCAGAGGUACGAAGUGGUUCAUUUACGAGUGACGAAUUACGUUUACCACAAUUCUCUACGUCUUAAUUACGAGACUAGAAUUUAUUUUAAUGCCUUUGGCACGAAUUUUUCACUCUCGCUUCGGCCAGACGAAAAUUUUGUACCGAAAGACCUCGAAGUAUCGAUUAAGAAGAACAACCGGACGUAUAACGAGAGCAUCGACGAUAUAAAGGGGGAACUCUUAUACCAAGGAUCAAUGGUCGAUGCAAAAGGUUCUUACGUCUUCGGUUAUUUUGUCGAUGGCGCUUUUGCAGGAACGAUAAAAUUCCAAGACGAAACAUUUUAUGUGGAGCCUGCAAAUAAACACCUGGAAGACGUUUCUGACGGAAAGAAAAUUGUAGUUUACAGAGAAAAGGACGUUCGUAAUCCUUGUUCUAAACUAGAAAACGAAAUGUGCGGUAUGCAGAAAGACGAAAUAGAGAGAAUCGAUCCUCUUCGUAACAGUAGGAAUUCGUGGAAGAGUAGCGAAAGGGGUAAAAUUUGCGACUUGGAACUAAUAUCGGAUCACACGUAUUUCUGGGAAAUGAACGGAGACCCGAAACUAGUAAUUAAAAGCAUGUUUUAUCACGUCAAAGCCGCCGACGCCAUUUUCAGAAAGACGGAUUUUGACGGAGACGGUAAGCCGGAUGGUGUCGGAUUUUACAUCAAGAAAAUUACUAUAUUCCAAGAUUCUAACGUGAUGGACUACCCCAUGAGGGAAGUGACCAAUUCUUCCUAUCAAUUUUUGGACGAUUUAUCCCUUUACAUUCAGCUUCGAUGCCUGGCAAUUUGCUUCGCGCAUAGAGAAUUUGCGGAGAACGUCGUCGGGAUGGCUUAUCGAGCGGGCAAAGGAUUAGAUUCGACCGGAGGAAUUUGUCAAGCUCCCCUCCUCCUGGAAGACUAUCGCUGGCACAGCUUGAACGUGGCUUUUAUCUCUUCCUUCGGCCCCAAACGUCGCCUUCCGGAUAAAAUAAUCAAUCAUGCCUUAACGCACGAGUUGGGACACAGUUUCGGUAGCCCACACGACAAUUCUUUCGAUCCUGUCUGCAGUCCCGGUUAUCUAAACGGAAAUUACAUCAUGAGCGAGUUUACUAACGACGGGAGCCUGCCCAACAACGUUUUAUUUUCUCCUUGCAGCCGUGCCAGUAUUUAUGACGUCAUGAAAACGAAAAGCUUCUGUAUGUUGAAUUCCGUCGGCACUUUUUGUGGGAAUGGGAUCGUCGAGCGCGGAGAGGAGUGCGACUGUGGUACCAACUCUACUUGCGAUUACAUCGAUCCGUGUUGCGUUCCCAUGAACGAGGGGAGCGACGAUAAACAGUGCACUGUCAGGAGGAGUAGAGGCUACGCGUGCAGCCCUAGAGGAGCCGCGUGUUGUAAUUCGUCUUGUCAAUUCGUUCCUAAGGGCCCGCGCAAAAUAUGUAAUAGCGAUAAUCCUUGCGACAGCGAUUCUUUCUGUACCGGAAACUCAGAAUUCUGUUCGCCGAUUAGCCACGUUCCCGACGGAACACCGUGCCGGGGAACUUAUUUUACUUGCUCGUCGGGCGUCUGCAACGUCACUAUUUGCCACGCGCACCAUCUCAAAACGUGCGACUGUCCGAAUGGAAGCGGCAAGGAGUGCCACGUUUGUUGCGUGGAAGAGAAGACGAACACGUGUAAAUCCGCCGCGGAAUUAGGCUUUUAUACCCCUUCCGGUAAAUUAUAUCUGAAGCCGACAGGCGUGCAUUGUACACCUCGCGGCGCCCGGGUCUGUGACCAUUUAGGAAGCUGUGUGGCCAGAUACAGAAGUAACCACGUGGCCAAAAUCGCAAUUUUUGUUUGGGUCAAAAAGUAUUGGUUGCAUUUAUCGUCGUCGAUUUUAUUAUUACUUUGUAUUUUAUAUUUAAUUUGGCGUAUUUUGUAUCCAGUUAAAAGAAAAAAUGUAGCUAAUGUGAAGCUGACCAGCGUGCGUAGAACUGAAAGUAACAACGGACCACGUAUCAUUAACGAUCGGUAGAGUAAAAUUAAUUAAAACUUUUUCAUUCUAUCUAUUUAAAAUGAUGAACUUCUUAGGGAAUUAACAGGAAAUUUUCAAAAUAAAAGAAUUUGACGUAAAAUAUAACUGGCGGACAUUCAGUAGCAAUCAUAGACGUAUUUAUGUAUUUUAUAACUUAAUACAGUUCAUAGUAGAGUAACGAACAGAUGCGAAGAUCUAAGAAUAAUAAUUCUAUUUUAAUGACAGAAAAGUAAUUUUAUAUCGUGAUAUGGAUGGAAGAAUUACGUAGAACACAUCAGGGUUGCUGAACCUAUUGAACUUCCUGUUCCUUUACGGUAAUAAAACCGAAAAUUACCGUUUUCUAUAAUAAACAGUUAUGUCUGGUUCAUAAAUCAACCGUAAUUUACCGAUUCGCAAAAUUAUUUUAUUCUCUGGUCACCGGUAAAUCGGAAAGGGUUUGUAAGCGAUUGGACAAUAGAAUUCGAAUUUCUGACGGGAUGACGGGUAAAACGGACAAGAAUGGCUUGUUUGUGAGGUGGAUCGGGCAAACGAGUCGGAGGACGAAAAGUGAUAAAUAUUGCACACGGUCGGUUUGAAAAGAAAAUAAGGCGUUUUCCGCCAACAGAAUGUCUCCUUGUUACCAAGAAAGAGAGACGUCACUCGCCUAGGUGAUACGUCGACACCCUUCAUUGUUA